CAGCGCACCAGGAAGACAAACAGAAAGCCAACGUUGCAGAAAACCCAGAAAACCAAACAAAUACGUCAUGCGCGUGCAACCCUGUGCGGCCGCGCAGUGGCGGCCAGCACAACGACGUAAUGAUGGCGGCCGCAUGCACAACAGCGCGCAUCAUCAGGCAUCCCCGCCGCCUCCCAUCUUCGUCCCGUCGGCGGUCGUGUCCGUCGAGUGCCCCGGCCCCGCGCGAGACAGCGCCCGGCACGAGAGAAUGCGGCUGCUAGGACGAUGGCCAGCUCACCAAGCGGCGGUGACGGCGGCGAAGAGCGGCCGCACUGGCCCGACUUCUGCGAGAAGCACGCUCGCGUCGCAGCGGCCGAGUUCGCCCAGAAUUACCAGCACUUCGUGGCGGAUCACCGAGACACCGCUAAGGCGGUCGACUUCCUCGAGUUUGGCCGACGCUUUGCCGACGUAUUCCUCGAGCACUACGAGGCCGAGGUGAAGCGACGGGGCGGCGACGAGACGUCGAGGUCGCUCGCCCCGUCUACCAACGGCGGCGGCGACUCGCAGGAACCCAUCGGCGGACCACUGCGGUCUGCGGUUAGAACGCCGAGUGCGGCUUCGUCGCAGGACAACCUGCGAUCGUUCUCAGUGAACCACGAGGACUACAGUGACCUGUCCGAGGCCGAGGGCGAGGCGUCUCCUAAGGCGCACCAUCGACCCUUCUUCCGUCGUCUCUCGUUCAAGGGGCUCAAGCGGGGCAAGGGACUCUUCCACAAGCAGCACUCGGAUGAACUCGAGCUGUCCAACCCUCCGCACCACCACCACCACUACGAGCGGCGCGCUAAGGGAGACAAGCACCACGAGAAGGCCAAGUUCACCAAGAUUCUCGUGGAAAACGUCAAGGAAGGCGUCGUCAAUUACGUGAGCGGCGAAAACAUCGACGGUCGCCAAAAGUGGGAGAAGUGUCGGCUCGCGCUCGUCAAGACGAUCGGCGGCUACCUGCUCGAGUUCUACGCGCCGCCCAAGUCUGUGAAGCCCCGGAGUGGCGUCUUCUGUUUCCUCAUCAACGACGCCCGAGAAACGACGGCCCUUGAAAUGCCAGACCAUGAAAACACGUUUGUGCUCAAGGCAGAGCACCAUGUCGAGUAUGUCGUGGAAGCGCACGACGCUGAGAGCAUGAAGUCAUGGCUCUCCACAAUCCGCUACUGCAUGCGGCACUUGGGAGACACCUCCGAAGACAAUGUAAGGCCACGGCUGACUACCUCGCCGUCGGAGUCUUUGGCAAGGCUGCGAGACCAACACUCCAAUCCUAAGAAAGCGGCGGAGUCCGCGACCGCAGUCGGAGAACCCGCCGCGGCAGGCACCCCCCGCUCCGGCACAGACAGCGUUGCCGCAAUCGCCCCGGCGGCAUCGCCCGUCGCCGCCUCGGGGGCUGCAACAGCAGACUCCGGGGCGUCGCCCCCCACGACGGGGGGUGUCCUCUGCGAGCCAGAGGCCAGAGAGGGCGGGGACCUGUACCAGUCCCUACGGGAGUACCCCUGGUUCCACGGCACCCUGUCAAGGAGCGACGCGGCCCAAUUGGUGCUGAGGGAGGGGCCCCUGGGCCACGGGGUGUUCCUGGUGCGCCAGAGCGAGACCCGCAAGGGCGAGUGCGUGCUCACCUUCAACUUCCAGGGCAGGGCAAAGUUUCCCGCGCCUUCCCUCGCAGCACCUGCGCAUGACGCUGAACCCGGAGGAGCAGUGCCGCGUGCAGCACCUCUGGUUCCAGACCAUCUUCGACAUGCUGGAGCACUUCCGGGUGCACCCGAUCCCGCUGGAGUCCGGCGGAGCCUCCGACGUCACCCUGACCGACUUCGUGCUGGCAACGCCCUCACCGGGCUCCGGGGACGCGCCGGGGGGGCCUGCCCCGGAACUGCUCACGUACGGCGGCUCUGUCCGCCUGCGCUCCACGUCCCUCGAUAACCUCCAGGCCACGCAUCCAACGCACGGGCGUGCCGUCGAGAACACCUAUUCUUUCGUGUGAGAAGCGGCUGAGAGCAGCCUUCUACCAGACAUUCGUGCCGAGCGGCAACUGCGAUCUUGGAGAUGCCGGCGUCAUUCUCGAUCGCCGCGAGCGGUCAGCGGCGCCACCUUCCUGUUGUUAAGACGCCUGCUCCCGAGAAGCUCGACCGAGAGCUGCCGACGUUGGCGUCGGGCAACGACCACAAUUGUAAAAUAGCCGUCACCACUUCCAAGCGCCAGGCAGCCGAAGUGGUCGCUCACCCGCCGUCGGGAGACUACGCGGAUGCCGCUUCCUCGCUUCCAGACCGCUGUCGAUGUUUGCGGCGACAACGAUCGUCGUCAAUUCCGCAGGCUGGCGUCAAAAACAUUGCGGCUUCGACAAAGUGAACGGCGACGCGUGCCGACGAGGCCGUCGGGUUUCUCACCGCUUCCUUGUUGCCGUCGGUAGAGAGGAAACAACAAUCGUGGGAAUGUCGGCAUCGUGGGCUCGACGUGGGUCGUGCCACCAUUUGUUUGCUUCGUAGUCGUAAAGCCGUAAGCGCCUUGCAGACGCCGCCGCUGCAAUUAGAGCGACUGCUUUUCUGCGAAAGCUAUGUCCGGCAAUGUUGCGGCGAGGUCAUCGGCGGGUUGCUAAACGAAGAGGAACCUCGCGUCGGGGAAAAAGGUCCUACUGCGAGGAGCGACGCAAGAACCGACUUGCAUCGUCCACACUUCCUGGGAGUCGUCCGAUACGUCACCAGAUGGGAGACGGUUCUCGUGGCAUUGAGAGCCGAGGUCUGCGAAGUGAAAAGGAAGACGAAGGCGAGACACUGGAGCGCAUCAACGUGCCCAGACGCUCGAACCCUGCGCCGCUUUGUUGUGCAGUGCGGUUGGCCAGUCAUCGUCGCGUUUCCAUACGAGCUUGAUGAGUAAAUUGCUCUUGCGGAAGAAAACCACGCUGUGAGGUGGUAUACAGGGGUGUGCGUUACAAACGAGAACGAGGAGGAAGAGCUUCACGCGAGCAUAUGCACCAAUAGCGAGUGAACGGUGAAAGGCUCAAGCCUCUGAAGCGAUGGGUCAUGUUGCUAGUACCACGGAGAGGAAGGUCAGGCUCCCCCAUCCCACGCACUACAUCGAGUUCACAGCUGCAGCAGACAUUACGCAGAGCUUGUUUGGAAACGCGGCAAAAUCGUUCCGCCUUUAAGGUAAGAGAAAAAAAAAAAAAAAGCUUCCCUUUAAAUUUGCAGUCAGUCACAACAUUUUAGACGAAAAAAAAAAAGGGAAUUGCAGACAAAGUCAUUGUGUUGCUCGACGUCUGGAGGAUUGCGUGCUUGCUCAACAGGUGCUUGUGGACAUUGUCUGUUUUGCGUGUUCUCCAGUUCUGCCGAGUACCUCUGUGUGUGACUCAAUGUCAGUUUUUCUUUUUUUUCUUUUUUUUUUUUAAGCAUUAAAAUUGCCAGAUUGUCAUUUUUUCUGUUUGCCAGACAAAUGUUGCAAAUGAAGGACACCGUGAAAAAAGUGAAAUUUUUUAGAGGAAAGGUUUUACUGUCUUCACUUGUACAACAGAGCAGGUUUGUGAACACAACGAGGGCGACAGUGAGGCACUUUUACAAAAAUACUCUUGUGCAGGUUGACUUUGGGCAGACCCUUGCCCACUCCCCAACAGACCUGGUCAAGAAUGUGGCAAGGGGACAAUAAUUAAAAUAAUACUUUAAGCUGGACAGUUUGCAGACCAUCUUGUGCAAUUUGCAUAAAUGACUGAUAUGUGUGCUACACCCCGAAACAAAUACAAAAUGACAAGGUAGAACAGAAGCGCUAAUGUGGGGAUCUCUCACACCUACCUAUACUAUGUUAAAGGCUAUGGUAUUGGGCUUGCUUUAGGAUGUGCGCAAAAUUCCGUAAUGCUAAACCUAAAACGAAGAUCCCACCUGUACAAAGCAAAAGACUAUAAAGCACCUACUGAAGAUGGAUACGUAACACUUGUAGUUAUUUUCCACUUAUUAUUUGCAGUGUCUCAAAGCAACAGAUUGUCGUUUCAAGAGCCAUCUUUUGUCACAUAUAGCAAAUUCAUCCGACGACGACUAGACGUGCAAGAACAGUCUGGAAUAGUAGUACCCUGCAGGAAGCCAAUUUGGUCGAGGCCACAGCAGACGAGACAAAGUGAGCAAGCGGCACAGCAGUUGCACCUUGCGGUAACGGCACACAAUACAGGAAUGUAGGCAGAACACAAAACUCGAUUUGUCUUGCAUAGCAGCAGCAUAAAAAGGUGGGGACGUGACGGUCAACAAGCACAGCCUUAUUGGUACGGGGUAACCUAUGCUCGGUCAAUCCCCUUCUAGUCAGUUCCUUCCGUUCGUGAUUAGCCUGCCAAUCACUAACAGACAUGAUCAAUGACAUUUGUGCACAUUUUGUUUCCCUUGCUCUAUUGCAGUUUCACUGCUGGGCCCAUCACAGACAGCCAAUGAAAGCUCCCCAAACUUGAGGUGUCUAAGGUAGCAUUCUGAAGUGAACCCUCAACCCUCACUCAUUCUUUUCUCGCUUGCCUAUAAAAAUAUACUUCUAAUGGUAACUUUCAAAGAGAUGCUGAUUAACUGUGACUGUGCAUCGCCAACUUGGCAAGAGUCGGAGCUUUGUGCAUGAACUUGUAAAACAAGACAUAGCAGUGUAACUGGCGUGGGAAACCUAACAUAGCGUAUAUUACACGAAAAACAUCCCUCCUAUAAACAGCAUACCGCAGAAGCAAGUUUGACCUAGCUGAGCACAUUCUUGUAGCAUAUCUCCGACAGAGGUUGGUAGGCAAUGUUUCGUUGCGAGGCUCGGGACUGGAAAAGCGCUCGCUUGGAAAGAUUUAUCCGGUGGCUUGGAUGGCAAGUGCACGUGGCACCUGGGGGAACUCUGAGGGUAGAGAAAAUGCUAGGUGUAAAGAACUAACUGCUAAAAUGUUGGAGCAUUUGUGGCAAAAUCAAACAAAUGCUCUCUAGUAUACCUUCUUUUUGGUUCUUGUAUAACACCAGCAUACCCAAAGGUUCGCCAGUAACCUGAAAGCUCCAACUCUAAAUAGUUGUCUGGAAAAUUGCUUUGGUCCACCAAACGCCGACAGCUUUGGCCAACUGGCCCGUCUACCGUUACAUGCAUUAUCCGUGGAAAGAAAGUGAAAGUGCUUCAAAUAAAUAUCAAACAAAAUCCG